GAGCCGGGCGGGCGCUGGGCCUGGCUACCGAGCUCUCCCGGCCGGCGCGCAGGUCGUCGACGCCGGCUCCUGGCGGAGCGCGGGGAGGAGGGAGGUGUCGGUGUCAGCGGCGUCGUAGACGGCGGCCCCGACCAUGGAAGAGACGCAGCCGCUUUCGCAGUCCGAGCUGCCGCUCUGCGACAGCCUUAUCAUCUGGCUGCAGACAUUCAAUACUGCUGCACCUUGUCAAGAUGUCAAACAGCUGACUAAUGGAGUUGCCAUGGCGCAAGUUCUUCAUCAAAUUGAUGUAGCUUGGUUCAAUGAAUCUUGGUUAAGCCGAAUUAAAGAGGAUAUUGGUGACAACUGGAGAAUAAAGGCUAGUAAUUUAAAGAAGGUACUUCAAGGAAUUAUGAGUUAUUACAGUGAGUUUUUGGGGCAGCAGAUUUCUGAAGAACUUAUCCCUGAUUUAAACCAAAUAACUGAAUGUUCGGAUUCUGUGGAGCUUGGGAGAUUGCUCCAGCUUAUUUUAGGUUGUGCAGUCAAUUGUGAAAAGAAGCAAGAACAUAUUCAAAAUAUAAUGACACUGGAAGAAUCUGUUCAACAUGUGGUCAUGACUGCUAUUCAAGAGUUGAUGAGUAAAGAAAUAUUGAGCUCUCCUACAAAUGAUGCUGUUGGAGAAUUAGAGCAACAGCUUAAAAGGGCAUUGGAAGAACUUCAAGAAGCACUAGCAGAAAAAGAAGAACUGAGGCAAAGAUGCCAAGAAUUAGAUAUGCAGGUGACUGCACUUCAAGAUGAAAAGAAUUCAUUAGUUUCUGAAAAUGAGAUGAUGAAUGAAAAACUUGACCAGUUGGAUGGCUCUUUUGAUGAUCCAAAUACAAUGGUUGCAAAAAAGUAUUUUCAUGCACAGUUACAGCUAGAACAAUUACAGGAAGAAAACUUCAGGCUUGAAGCUGCAAAGGAUGAUUACCGUGUUCACUGUGAAGAACUUGAAAAGCAACUAAUUGAAUUUCAGCAUAGGAAUGAUGAACUGACUAGUCUUGCUGAAGAAACAAGAGCCCUGAAAGAUGAAAUAGAUGUUCUUAGGGCCACCUCUGAUAAAGCAAAUAAACUAGAGUCAACAGUCGAGAUAUAUCGUCAGAAACUACAAGAUCUGAACGACCUUCGCAAGCAGGUGAAAACUUUACAAGAAACAAACAUGAUGUAUAUGCAUAAUACAGUCAGCUUAGAAGAAGAAUUGAAGAAGGCAAAUGCAGCACGUACACAGUUAGAAACAUACAAGAGGCAGGUUCAAGAUCUUCACAAUAAACUUUCCUCUGAAUCCAAAAGGGCAGAUACACUAGCAUUUGAAAUGAAGCGGCUUGAAGAAAAACAUGAAGCUUUACUUAAGGAAAAAGAGAGACUAAUAGAGCAACGUGAUACUCUGAAAGAAACAAAUGAAGAACUUCGAUGUUCACAAGUACAACAAGAUCAUCUAAACCAAACAGAUGCAUCUGCUAGAAAAAGUUAUGAGAAUCUUGCUGCUGAGAUUAUGCCAGUGGAAUAUAGGGAAGUGUUUAUUCGACUGCAGCAUGAAAAUAAGAUGCUCCGCUUACAACAGGAAGGUACCGAGAACGAGCGUAUUGAGGAACUUCAGGAACAGCUGGAACAGAAGCACCGCAAGAUGAACGAACUAGAAACUGAGCAAAGGCUGAGCAGAGAGCGUAUCCGGGAAUUGCAGCAGCAGAUUGAGGACCUCCAGAAGUCUUUACAGGAGCAAGGCUCCAAGGCUGAAGGAGAAAGUUCCAGCAAACUAAAGCAGAAGUUGGAAGCUCAUAUGGAAAAACUAACUGAGGUCCAGGAAGAAUUACAGAAGAAACAGGAACUCAUUGAAGAUCUUCAGCCAGAUGUAAACCAGAAUGCACAAAAGAUCAGUGAACUUGAGGCUGCUCUUCAGAAGAAAGAUGAAGAUAUGAAAGCGAUGGAGGAGAGAUAUAAAAUGUACUUGGAGAAAGCUAGAAAUGUAAUAAAAACUUUAGAUCCCAAAUUAAAUCCAGCAUCAGCUGAAAUAAUGCUACUUAGAAAGCAGUUGGCAGAGAAAGAGAGAAGAAUUGAGAUUCUAGAGAGUGAAUGUAAAGUAGCAAAAUUCCGUGAUUAUGAAGAAAAACUCAUUGUUUCUGCCUGGUACAAUAAGAGUCUAGCAUUCCAGAAACUGGGGAUGGAAUCUAGACUCGUAAGCAGCAGUGGUGCCUGCAAGGACCCUGGGGCCUGUGCUCCCGCACGGUCGUUCCUGGCACAGCAGCGGCACAUCACCAACACCAGAAGAAACCUCUCUGUCAAAGUUCCUGCUACCACACCCGAUUAAACUACAACAGAAAACAUAAACAGAAGUGCCCUUAAAAUAGUUUGUAUCCUUCAGUUAACUUCCAGGUUGAAAAAGAAAUUUAUGGUGGUGGAUAUCAGCUAUUUAAAAAUCAGAAUACAUAAAAUGAAUUUCUCCAGCUGACUUUGGAAACAAAAUACAGAAUUAGCUGUUUCUCUAAGGGAGCACACUUGAGUAAUUGGAAGAGGUAAUUAGGCACACAUCUCAAACAGUUGUCUUCUGAGAGUGUUGUAAGUUCAUAUUGACUUGGUAUAUUUUAGUUUAAUGUCUUCAGUUUUACCAGUAACUUGGUUAAUUUACAAUGUGUACUCAGUAGUAAGUAAUUUAAAAACUUAUCUAUAUUCAUUUUUAUUGUUUUGGUUAUAAAAAUAGUCUUGAGGUAGGUACAUGGAGAACUAUACAAGUUAUAUUUUUUGACCAUAUAUAUAUAUAUAUAU